UAUCGAUCCUCGGCGAGCGAAAUCAUGCUGUCCUCCAAAAUCGGCCCGACCGCUCACGCGACACGUUGUGAGUUUCUUUUGGUGGUACUGCGUGAGCUGCCAUUUUGUUCGAUUCCGGUGUUCCGACAGCGAAACGGCGGAACCAAAAUGUUGUAAUGGCGAGUGCGUCUAUCCCGCAUAUUUGAUAUUCCGAUAAAGUUGGGCGUACGUGCCGCCUUAUCAUUUAUCCCCGACGAAGUAUCAAUAUCCCCGGGCGUAUUCGAGCUAUUGCGUCGCGCGCUCGUUGCACGAACGGCCCGACGGUACUGCCGCUAACAGUCGUAAAACGCGCAAUUAUCCGCAUCGGUGAAUCAUUAUCGAGAUAUGGAAAGAAGUGACUCGGGUGAUAGACGAUAAUCGCAUUACUCGUUCCGCCACAUCGCGGAGCACGUACGACAGUGUUCUGUGUUUGCACGGCAUUCUGGAUGAAUAUCAAUUGUCAUACGGCGGCUGACGACAGUUUCAUCACUGGUGCGAUUAUAAAUGCACACCUGCUGCGCAUUUCCAUAAUAUGAAAUCGGGAGCAGCAUGAAGGUGACCGUGUGUUUCGACCACGUCAGGGUAGUGGUCCCGUGCGGAGAUGGUACUCUGUUCGUGAGGGAUCUCAUGCACGAGGCCAUUCUGAGAUACAAAAAGGCCACUGGCAAAAACGACAAUACUCUGAGCAUUAAUAGCUUGUCUUCCCUGACCGGGGGUGGUUUGUUGGAUCCGGACGACAGGCUGUGCGACGUAGCCGAUGACAGGGAACAAAUAGUGGCGCACUUCGUGAGCUCAGAUGUCAAUCACGUUGGCGGAGACGGUGCGAGCUCAGUCGGCACGAAUAGUCCCGACUUCUUCCACACAGAUGGGAAGGAGCAAGCCUAUUCUAUUGAUAUCCAUUCCUCCGUACCUACCAGUAGUAUUAAGAGAGAAAGCACCAAGCGGUUGUCGAUGCACGCGUUGUCGACCAGAGAACCUUGUCUCGCAACGUAUUCCGCUCAGUCCCUACCUAGAGAGUCCCGACGAAGGGAGCCGCUAGGUCAAGAUUCUAAGGCUUCGUAUGAAUUUGGCAAUAAUAUUGAGUACAGGGAUCAGGAGGUGCGUGAAAUUGUGAUAAAAAAUGAAGCGGGGCCACUGGGGCUGCACGUGGUGCCAUGUUAUGACUUGCUAGGCAACGAUCAGGGACUCAGGGUUGAAGGCAUCGAACCGAAUGGCCGCAUCGCUAGGGACGGACAAAUCGACUUGCAUGACAAUAUCAUCAAGAUCAACGGUCAUAACUUGUUACACAUACCAUUUUCAAAGGUUCAAGAGAUCUUCAGAACGUGUAUGAACGAUCCCUGUUUGCAAAUAUCCGUUGUUAAGCAUAAGCAAAAGGCGAGGAAUGAGAAAUCUUUGCAGAAAAUUGUCGGGAAUACCGGCGGAGAAGUGGAGAAAACCGACGGCGAUGACAACGUCAAGAGACUUCAGUGCAGCAACUAUAAUCUUUUACAAACAGCGAAUACCAGGAAGAUUGGACGGAUGAUAGAAAUCGAACUGACGAAAGGAAGCAACGGUUUAGGGUUCAGUGUUACCACACGCGAUAAUCCUGCGGGAGGACAUUGUCCCAUAUAUAUUAAGAACAUAUUACCAAAAGGUGCUGCGGUUGAGGAUGGCAGACUGAGACCGGGUGAUAGAUUGUUAGAGGUAAAUAACAAGGAGAUGACUGGCAAGAGUCAAGCUGAAGUCGUGUCAUUGCUCAGAAGUAUCCCCUCCGGUGGGAAAGUCAGGAUGGUGGUAUCACGUCAGGAAGAAAUUUCCUCAAACAUUCCAGAUCCUCAGGGCACUGCGACGUCUACCGCCAUGGCCACGGAUGUAUUGGACAGUAAUUCGAAAUAUUGGAAUGCAUUAAAUCGAUCACCAGCAAAGAAGAACGAGAUGCCGGAUAAAAUAGCCAGCCACAAUUACGAGAAGUGCGCGUAUAAAUCAACAAAAUCCUCGGAAGAUAUCGUCUUAUCACCACGGAAGAAUCGUAUGAUAUUGACUCUGGACAUACCCGUGCAUGAUUCUGAAAAGGCUGGUUUAGGUGUCAGCGUUAAAGGCAAGACCAACAGUUCCGAUGAUAACAAUAUGGACUUGGGGAUUUUCAUAAAAAGUGUUAUCAACGGGGGUGCAGCAUCCAGGGACGGUCGUCUGCGGACGAAUGAUCAAUUGCUCAAUGUUAAUGGUGUAUCUUUACUGGGCUUGUCCAAUUCCGAUGCGAUGGAGACCUUGAGGAGGGCGAUGCUUAAUACAAACAGCCCGGUAACCGGCGUGAUAACUCUUACGAUAGCUAGGAGAAUAUCGUCGUACGACAGUGAGAAGAAUAUUGUAGAUAAUAUACCGUCUUAUCGUAAGCCGGAAUGUGUCAGUAGCAUAUACAUAUCAGAUUCUACUAAAGUGAACGAAGGCAGAGUCAAGGAAAAGAACACCUUAAAUUCCCAAGCGGACGUACUGGACAACGGGGGAUUGUUGUCCUGCGUAACAGCAUCACCAUGGAAUCCCGUUAUCGAUAGACUAACCGAGCAAUACAACAAGAAUAGUCUGAGAAACGAAAGUUACUGUCUCGCCACCAACAAGACGUGGAUAGAGCCUGUUAGUAAUGUAAAGAAGAUAACUAUAGGUUCGCGCGACGACCGGGUCGAGUCGAUAUUGCUGGAAGAAUCCAACGACGUUUCUCAAGGAAACGACACCAAACGAAAUAGCGAGGACAAGGACAGCCAAUAUUCCGGAGAUCCUACGUACGAUAGUCAGUUGUCCCUGGAAGAGUUCAAUUCCUCGUCGAAUAAGUUUUCUCGCGACGCUCUGGGGAGGCAGAGUAUGUCCGAGAAACGACACGCGGCGCUCGACGCUAAAAAUACGGACACCUACAAAAGGAACAAAAAGCUGCGCGAAGGUAGAGAGAAUAAGACCGCGGAGCAAAGCAGCCAGAAAUUGAGCGGUCAGCAAGCGAGCAAUCAGUCGGCCGAUUUGGAAGAUCAUACGAAGAGGGGGGGCGGCAAGUUAAACAAUUUCGAGAAACACACGAGCAAAGGGGCCUUGGCUGAAAAUACUAAAAGCACCGAUAACACCGCGAAACAUUACGAAAAGUCGGUUGAUCCUGCUCAAUCGGAAUACAUGUACACUAUACCCGGAUGCAAUACGUUUCUUUCGCCGAGGAAACACUGGCUCGUGGACGAUGUGCACGGUGAAGUUACGAGUAGCAAUAAUAUCAAAGACGAGCGGGAAGGUUUCUCAAACAGUCGGGGGGACGUGAAACAGGCUUCUCUUAAUUCAGCCUUAGACGAUCGAUAUAAGCGUUCGCGGAAGAAAGGCGGUAUCCGGUCGAUGCUUCGGUUGGGCAAGAACAGGAAAUCACUUAAUUUUGGCGAUAGUAUAGAAACGAGACACGAGACUAGUAAUUAUUGCAGUGGAACAAUCAAUUACAUCGCGUAGAAUCAAUGAAGAUGAGAAUUCACGAAGUAGAUACGCGGAAGAAAUUCAGUAGAAGUAAAUCAAUACACAUACACAUAUAUCGCGGUUUUGCAAAUAUAUACACACACUUGCAUACAUAGAAGUAUAUAUUUUAUACAUAUAUAUAUACACGUGUAUAUAUAUAUAUGAUCUAUUCCAAAGUGCCUUGUAUCGUUAAAGGAACACAAUUCUGUAUAUAUAAUUUUUUACUCGUCUUCGAUCAAGAUACCAAUCAUGUACUUAUUACGAUAUAAACACUUAUAUGUAGUUUACACGAAAUUAAGUAGCUUAUAGCUCCGAAAGAAGUAGGAAUUACUCCGUUGUUACCGAUCGAUUCAAACUUCCAAAACGCACUACCGUUCUCAUCGAAUA